UGAUGACUGAUGGUGCAGGUGAGACAAAGAUUUGAGAAGUCAGUGUGCCGAGAUGAGAACCAAUUUAUGUGCAUAUAAUUGCACAUGUUUUUUUUGUAGUUUUAUUGACAUGCUGGAGAACAUUAUGAGAUUGUAGGGAAUGGUAGUUGUAGCUCGUGCAUCAUGUGAUGCAAUUCCACAGUCAUUUGGCUCGAAUAUCUCACGUUCAAAUUCAAAUCAGAGACCGAACAAUUCCCUCGAGCUUGGCACCCAAAGAGGUGAGGGUGAAAGGCAGGAUGUACUGCGUACCUGCCAACCAGUUCUGCUGCGGUUGCAGCCUGCGAUUUGGAACUGGUCUCGUCAUUCUCGUGAACGUGGCCUUGAUAGUUCUACUGCUGGUACGCACGAUCGCAGCGCUCUUCUACCCAGAAGAUUUCUCGUCCAUAGGUGACUUGCCCAUGCAGAUCUUCUACGCUGCCUUUGGCCUCGCAAGCAUUCCUUUCCUAUGUCUUGGCAUCCAUGGUGUGACUCGCAAGGACGAGAUCUCCUUGACAGCCUAUGCUUUCUACCUGCUUUUGGCAGCAGGGCUUUGCAGUUACCUUCUUGUGCAGCUUGGUAUGUCCAUGACUUGCGCCAGUUUACCAGGUGACACCAAAGCAGUGGGAGCAUUUCUUUGCGGUAUCAUUGAGAUUGUCGCCAUUGUCUUUGUGUCCCUGCUUGUGCUAUUGUUGGUGUACUGCAUCUACGUUGUGUGGUCACAGUGCCAGGACUUUGCGCUCGGAGGGCAUUCCAAGUUCUCUGAUCUGGAGGAUAGCUAUGGCAGCUUAGAGACCAAGAGACUCUUGGAGGCGUCACACAAUAUCCUCCAAUCCUUUGAGGAUGAAGGUUUGGGUGCCACCUUCUCCAGUGGCGCGGGUGGUGCGAACGGCCCAGUCUCUGGCUUCGGAGACAGCACCAAGCUCUUCGGCUACAAGCAUGAGCUCCGCUUCCCUCCGCCGAGCUAGAUCCAGCGCGUCAACCCGCCGCGCAGGAACCUUCUGCGCGCGCCAAAAAGGACACCUUCCAUGCAGAGUUG